CUCGUGUAUCCGGAUCGACGUUGGCCACAGGAAAACUCGCACCACGAUGGACCCGGCGAAGCUCGAGGCCCAGCGCCAGCGCGCCGACGCGUACUUUAGCUCGACGCCGCCGCCAUCGACGCUGCCCGAGAUGGAGGCCGCGCUCGCCGACUUUGUCGCGCACCAGCAGACCAUCGGGCGCACGGUGGCGAUCGUGACGUCGGGCGGCACGACGAUUCCGCUGGAGAAGAACACGGUGCGCUUCAUCGACAACUUCUCGACGGGGUCGCGUGGCGCAGCCUCUGCCGAGUAUCUCGUCAAGCUUGGGUACGCGGUCAUCUUCCUGCACCGUCCGGGCUGCGUUAUGCCGUUCGCCCGCCACUUUCAGAAGGCCAUGUCACACAACAUGGACUUGAGCUUGCUCCAGCACAUUGACGUGGCCAAAGAUGGCAAGUCGAUGGAGAUUUCGAGCGACGACCGCGUCUCGCAGGCACGCUGCAUUGACGCGCUCAAGAGCUACAAGCUAGCGAUGCAGCAGACGAUGCUGUGCCCGGUCGCCUUUGUCUCGGUCGACGAGUACUUCUUCGCGCUUCGCGCCAUUGCCGGUGCUGUCAAGCCGCUCGGCGAGCGCGCCAUGUUCUACUUGGCGGCGGCCGUGAGUGACUUCUACAUCCCGGCCUCCGAGAUGGUCGAGCACAAGAUUCAAUCGACACCGUCCCACGCCAACGACGCGUUGACGCUGACGCUGCAGCACGUACCCAAGCUCCUCGGGCUGCUCCGGUACGAGUGGGCGCCCGACGCCUUCUACGUCUCGUUCAAGCUGGAGACGGACGUGACGAUCUUGCGUCAGAAGGCGCAGAGCUCGAUCGCCAACUACGGCAUGCACCUCGUGAUCGCAAAUGAGCUCAAGACGCGCUUCCACCAAGUGUGGCUCAUCACGCGCGAUGGCGACAGCGUGCUCGAAAAGCCGGACGACGACCCGGACAUUGAGCUCAGCCUGCUCAACGCCGUCGCCGACAUGCACUUUGGCUUUCUCGCGCAUCAACAUGCGCAGCUUCCGCUGUCGCUGCCGCGUGCGACGGCCCUGCGCCUCCCCAAGCCGUGGGAAGCGCCGCUGCGCAGUGUGCAGGCGACACUGCAAGAGCACAAGGCCGAAAUCGCCGGCGUCCUCCUCGGCGGCAUGAUCUCGGUCCUCAUCAGCAUGCUCCAGCGGCGAAUGCUGUAGAAUGGCCCGGGCACCGAGCUACAAAACACGUUUUGUUUAGAUCACUCUAAGUCUUGUGUAUGGGAUUGAUACGAUCGUACCAGUGCAUUCAAC